AUGGCUUCCGAAGCUGGUGAAAUGGAAAAACCGAUAGUGAUUGAUCAUCAUCAAGAACAACAGCAGCAGUGCCAGAAACAACAAGCUUUGAAGUGCCCACGAUGUGAUUCGUCAAACACUAAGUUUUGCUACUACAACAACUAUAGUUUGUCACAGCCAAGGCAUUUCUGUAAAGCUUGUAAGAGGUAUUGGACCAGAGGUGGCACCUUGAGAAAUGUUCCUGUGGGUGGUGGUUGCAGGAAAAACAAGAGAGUGUUCAAGAUGCUACCGACAACGACUACUCAUGCUCCUUCCAAUUCACAACCAGUUGACAAUAACCCUAACCCUAACUGUAAACCUAAUUUUGAUAACCAUUCUUCUUUUUAUGGGUUGGUGCCUCAAAACCAUAAUUAUGAAAGGUUCAACUCUGGGUGUGAUUUUUCUCAAGCUCAAAUAAGUAAUCUUGGAUUUGGGUUCUCUUCUUUGAAUCCUGGGGCUGUAGCCGCGUCAAAUCAUUCACAGAAUUCAUCGUUAUUUCUAUCAAGCUACCCGUCAUCCGUGUUUGCUGGUUCUACUUCUAGCUCAAAUAGUGUUCCUACCAUGGCUUCUCUAUUAUUUUCAGGCUUCCAGCAACCACAACGAUAUAUGGAAUGGAAUAACCAUUUUGAGGGCCAGAACAAUGAUGAUCAACUCGAAGCUAUGGCCUCAUCCGAUCCAAAUUCACUUAUAUGGAACACAACUAGCGGUGGUGGUGGUGGUGGCUGGUUUGAUCCUACAAGCAAUAUUGAUUCUUCAGUUGCUUCCUUGAUCUAA